AACUGCUGAACUACUCCAUAUUAUCCAUAUUUACGCAACUGAGGAAGUGUCUCUAGUUUCCACAGACAUUUUCACAUGACAGCAGUUUCAGUGACUAUCUGGAGAGUGGACACAUCUCAGUUAAGGAUGUCAUCAAUACAAACAUAUUUCCUGUCCAUCCCUGCCCUCCUCUUCCAAAUCCUCUUAAUAGAUCCCACUUUAGCUGAAGUGGUGACGUCGAUAUCAAUCUGUAAACAAUUUCUUCUUGAGGAAACUCCCCCUCAGGUCCCCGGUGUCUUGGAAAGUGGAAACAUUGUGAACCAGAACCAGUACAAGCCUAUCUGCCAGACUUAUAAGAACAAGAGAAGGUUUUUAACUCUCUACGACAUCAAAAACAAGAUUCCAGUGUUUUCUGCAUACAAGUACAUUGGAGACGUGGCAAUAAAGCGACCCCGAAGUCAUUGGCAGAUAGAGCCACAGCUUGAGAAUGAAAAUGACAGCAAUAACAUGAGGAGAAAAGAUAAAGAGAAGAUCUACAAUCACCAGGCUGUCGACAUUGAUUUUAAAUCCAAUGGAACAUAUGACAAAGGUCACAUAUUUCCAAGCUCUCAUGCAUUCACCAAAGAUGAUAAACUGGCUACUUUCACCCUGACCAACAUUGUUCCACAAGCAAGAACUUUCAACCAGGGAAGCUGGAACAAAAUGGAGAGGUGCAUCAAAUGUGUUAUGGACAAAUACUGCAAAAAUAGCAGUGGUGUCACUGAAGCUUUUGUGAUAACUGGAGCACAACCCAGCUCCAACAACGUCCUUAACAACAAGAUUAACAUUCCCUCCAUGCUCUGGUCGGCAUUCUGCUGCUACAGCUCCAACAUGGACAUGUGGAUCGCUAGUGCACACUGGGGUGAAAAUGUUCCAGAUGAAUCUAAACACAAAUAUCUACAGACUGAGACUCUCUCAGAACUGCACAACAAACUGAGGACAGCAGACUCUGAGUUUAACAUGUUUCCUGGAACACAGUGUCCUCUACACAAGACUGUCUCACAGCUUUACCCAGAUAUCAAAAACUGCUUCUGCCCCUCAUCCAUAUCAACCACUUCUGCCCCUAGCAAUUUAACAACUGCCACUCCCACUCCACCUUCUGGUUCAACCACAUUACAACUGACCCCCACGCUUCAAAUUCUACUCCUAACACAUCGGUUUCUCUACUUUUAACACCUUCUAUUAGCUCUAUGUCAGAUUGGUGACCUGACCUGGGUGUACCCCACCUCUUGCCCUAUGGUAACCGGGAUAGGCUCCAGUACAACCAUUGACCCUAUUAAACAUAAGCAGAAGAGAAUGGAUGGAUAGAUGGAUGAAUUCUAUUCACCCCCACUGCAGAUGGCUGCCCCUUCCUGCUACAUCGACAAAAACUGGCUCUCCCAUUUGAACAUCUGCCUUGCUUACUAAGAUCUGGCUCUCCAGUUACUACAUCUACUCCUCUUACUAUGAUGGGCUGUUAUCUAAAACAUCAUUCAACAUCAGAAUUUUAACUCAAUAUCUGACCUUGCGAUUGUGACAUUUGAAACAUCAGGCUCAGUUUUCUCUCUGAACUCUGCCCCUAGAGCAGGGGUGUCAAACUCAAAUACACAGUGGGCCAAAAUUCAAAACUGGAACAAAGUCGCGGGCUAACAUUAAUAUUUAUUGAAAAAAAAAUCUUCCUCCAGAUAUAAGAAUGAAUCUUUUCUUAUGGACUCAAACAAGUUUUGCUGAAAAACUGAAUAUGGAACAAACAAAGUUUAAUACUAAACGAUAUAUAUAUUAGAUGUAUAAUACCAGUAGGCCAGCUCUAAUAGUAAUUUGGCAUAGCUUCGCCCGCGGGCCAGAGUUUGACACCUAUGCCCUAGAGGGACUAAUACUGUGCAGACCAAGGAUAGAUAGAGCUGAUUACAAUAAACAAUGCAAAUAUUGUCA